AUGGGGCAGGGCGAAGUGGACGGCUGCAGCAGCUUCUUUGACGCGGUGGCAGACGUGCCCGUGGAGGUGGUGCUGGCCGUGCUGGAGCGGCUCACGAUCGCUGACCUGACGCGGGCCGAAGCCGCCCACGGGAGAGAGUCCGGAGGACCGUUGCCGGCGCCUCCGCCAGCGGCCAAGGACGCGGCCAGCCGACGGAAAUGCGAGCGUAGAGCGCGAGUGCACGAGCGCAAGCGCGGCGACUGGCGUCUGUUCAGCCAGCACUCCCUGCGCACCCUGCACAGGCUCAGUGGCGGCAAGCUGACACGCCAGGCCAACGUCGACGAACUCACCACCACUGACGCGGCGGCCGAUCCGGUCGCGGCUCAGGAAAUCGUAGUCAAGGCCCUGCUCCGGUGGACGAUCUCGUGCGACCACCACGCCGCCCUCGCGCGCCUUGUCCGCGCCCCGGCGCCCCACGGCCCCCUGGCCCGCACGCUCGUCCACGGCUGGUUCGACGAAGCCGACCACCACCACCACGACAGCGAUGGCGGCGGCGGCGGCCGUGUGCUCCGUCGGGUGCAGCCACUGCAGUGGGCCUUGAAGGGCGCCGGCGCCCGCGGCGGCGCGGUGUAUCGCAUGCUGGUGGAGGAGCUGCGGGUAGCGGAGGUGGACCUGCCGCGGGUCCCAGCCGGUGCAAAAGAGGACGUGGCGUUGGCGCAGGCGGUGCUUGCGCGGUGCACUGAGGAUCGGCACAAAGUGGUUAACUCCCUCGGACCCCGAGGCUACACGGCGUUGGAAGAGGCCUGCGGAAAGAGGCGGACCAAGACGAUCGAAUUCCUUUUGGGUGAGCUGCCGCGCGACUAUGACUGCUCCUACGAGCGAAGCGAUGGGGAAGAGGUGGCCUUGCUGCUGCUUGACCAUGGCGCCGAUGUGAACCAGCGAAUACCGGAGACCCCGCUGCACAGGGCCUGCCUCGUCGCAUCGCCCUCACCGCCUCUGGUUGAACCGCUCCUCGACCGCGGCGCAGCGCCCAAUGCAACCGAUGACAGCAGGUUGACCCCUCUGUGGUACCUUUUGCUGCGGCCGGCCAACUCAGCCCAGGCCAGCGCAAGGAAGGCGGCUGUGGCCCGGCUUCUGAUGGCGCGGGGCGGCCGGCUGCCGACAUCGUCCGUCGGUCGAGGCGGCGGCGGUGGUGUCGUUGACGCCAACGCCAACGCGCUGAGCCAGCUGCUGUACUGGCUGCACGGAGACCAACGCCCCGGGUCGUCCCUGGGCUGUAGGUGGCCUGCGCGGGAGCAAUGGGUGACCACUCUCGUUGAAUGCCUCAUCGAGCACGGCGCUCUCACCUCCCGGUAA